AUAGGAAGGGAAAAUUUUUUGCUUAAAACAGAAAAAUUAUAUUCCCAACCAAUCAAGUAAUCUGAUUUUUAUGUGUACGUAUCAACUUCAUCAAGCUCUCAACUUUUCAAGGUAAAUGCUUAAUUAUCUGGUUUUAAAUUUUUAGGUGUUCUCUGCGUGGUACAAUUAUACCUACAUACGACGUCGUGCUCUUAAGGAAUUUGAACUGACAAAGCAGAAUAAAAUCUUCAGAAAAUGGAUGCAAGAAUACAACAAAUCUUGAGAGACGGCAAACUAGCGUUGAUUUGGGAACACAAACGAUUUCAACGGGCCUAUGAUACACGUUAAGCUGAUAUUUUCAAAAAUGAUUUGGAUAUAUCAUUGCCGUUAUUUUUAAAAACUCUUGAAAAUUCUCUCAAAAUUUUUUUGACAACACUUUUCCUGAUUUUCUCACAUCUAAAAACUUCUGCAUAGAGUCUCUUUGUCUUUAGUUGCAUUUUCCUUGUCGAUUUUUCUUUUUAAAAUUUAUCCGAAUUGAAAAUGAUCUUACCGUGGGGAUAUCUUAUGUAUGGCCUAACACGAAGACCCUAUCAUCUAUGCCACUAGCUUUCAUGAGUACAAGAGACUUUUUGCAAGUACUGGCUUUUCAUGAUAGACCCGACUUUUAAGAAGUAAAGUUGUACAGAAAAUCCUAGGUUUUGUAUGCAUUGUAAUUAAUACGAAUAAAUAUAUUUUAAAUUACUAGACUUCGUGAAUGUUUGUUAUUAUUUAUAUCAUUGUAAAUAACAACACUGUGAAAGAUAUUGAUAGAAACAAGUUUUGUGCUUAUAAAUUUUGGAAAUAAUUUUGAUUUUAAAUUUUGACUAUGCUGUAGAUAAGUUGAUUGACAAUAGAUAUACCUAAAUAUCCUAAUCUGGCCGCCAUUUUUAUUUUUAAGCCUUUAGACAUGAAGACAAUUUCAUAUAUUGGACGAGUUUAUGCUUGAUAGUUUGCUAAAGGCACAGGACGAUGGAGAGCCCUCCCUUUUCCCAUGAAUACUCUAAUGAUUAAUAUAUAAAACUAUGAAAGCCCUAACGUAAUUUUAGCAAACCAAUUUCAGACCACUGGCAACUCGGUUUCUGUUUGGCUUGGCCACUAGUUGUUCAUCGCCUCUAAACGAGUUUAUAUGAAUUUUACAGUAUAUUCAACGCAGAAUUCUCGCGUUUUUACCGCAUAUCUUGCGCUUUCAUCGCAUUGCUUUUAAAUCUGACGUCACUGAUAACCAAAGAAAUCUCACGUCACAUUAGAAGAGCUUCGAUGUGAAUUCGCUUCAAUUCUGGUUGAGUUACCGUUGAGUGAGGACCGUUUUGCCGUUUAGGUGAAAUUUCGCUGCUUACCUCUGCGUAUUUGGAGGAAAUCGAUCGUGUUUCAGCUUUAAGCUGAAUCGCUUUACUUUUAUUUAAUAUUCUUCAUUAAUUUUACAAAUUUUAUUGGAAGUUUCAAGUCAGAAGUUGAGAAAUCUCGGACUAGAGCGAGAAAGGUUGGUAUCUCAUUCAAGUCAAACUUCUUUUUCAAAUCACGAAUUCUUACCAAAGAACUACUUAAAGCUAAGAUGUAUUAAAGUAAUACUUGGUGUGUUUAAUUUCUUUCACUAGGAAAAGAGUUUUCUUAUUGAUUUUUGCAAGUUCUCAGGUUUUCUGAUGUUGACUUGAUCUACUAUCUACUUCAGGAGAGCGGUUCGUUUUCGAAGCCCAAGUCACCCUUUGGAAGGGUACACACGUGCAUUCCCUUGACCCUCUAUCGUGUUUAGGUAGGGGCAAGGAAAGAAUGUCGUGUUCAGAAGAGGACGAGGUCAUAAACCUUGAAGAUUCUGCAAAUUCUGAAGGUAAGACGGGGCUGAAAGGCGUACACCUGCCACCUGAUGUCGUCGAUAGGUGCGAUUGGACUGAAGGCAAGAGCAAUGCGACAAGAAAACCAGUCCGUGUGAAGUGGUUUGUGCCACCACCAGUGGUGCAACCGGCUGGGAAUACGGAACAAAAUGAAGAUAGAGAAGGUCAGAGAACUGACAGUUUGAAAGCUACAAGUGCCAAUACCUUUGAUGUUAAGGAAGAAAGCAAAGAGGCUUCCUGGCAGAAAAGCCAAGAGCUGAAGAAAAAGAGGCUUAGAUGGCAAUUAGAGAAAUUAAGAACAACGGAGACUGCCACUAAGCACGAAAAUUUGUACCCAGAAGUAAAGGAGGUACAUGCCAAAGCGACACAGACACUCAAUACCCAAAGCCGAAAAGGGCUGGACGAGAAGAUGAUGUAUAAGAUGAAAGAAAAGCAACUGAGCCAACAGGUUGAUCAGCUAAAGAAGGAGCUAGCGAUGUGCAAAAAGAAACUGGCCAAAGAAAUACGCAACUUUGAGAAGCAGGAAGUAAGGAGGUUGCUAACAGCAGACAAGUCAGUUCUAGACUCUGAAAAUGAAGACAUCAUCGUGGAGGGGAAAGGCCAAUUGGAAAACCGCUGCUCUGUUUCUGAGAGCGAGAAGAAAGACCUGAAAGAGAGACUGGAACAGUCUGAGUCUGAUAAUGCCCGAAUGAAGAGAGAGCUGGAUGAUUUGGCUGCUAAGUUCAGUGCAAUGCAAAGAAACAUGGAAAUUGCAAAGCCUCUGAUUUCGGGAAUUCAAGGAGAGGCUGUAAAGAAUAUCGAGGCUUAUGAAUCAGAGUUCGUCGAUAAAACAGGGUUGGUUCUCGAUAAAACUAUAUCUAAUCGCAGCCAAAGCGAAGUUGGUGCUGGAGAUGAUCAAUACAAAAAGGGUUCAAAGAAUCGAAGUUACUUGGAUCGAAGAGAGCAAGAGGUUUUGUCAAGGGGUGGAUUUAUCCAUCAUGUCGAUGACCUCUCCAACAAGAGUGAUGACGAAAUCAGCUUGGGAGAGUUCUCACCUCGUAGUAGAGAUGAGGCCUCUACUAAGAAAGGGAAAUGGAGGUUGAUAACGAAGACAAAACGUAUGAGGGAGACUGGAUACGACAGUUUUGAGGGUGAUGAUAUUUCUUUCAAGGGACAAGGGUUGGUCCUGGGAGCUGUUACGUACAGUGAGAGCAAGACCAAUCUUGUGAAGAUAAAGAAAGGGACUUUUCGCAGAAAGGAAAGGUAUAAAAAGGUUCAUUAUACCAUGGAGAAGAAAAAAGGCCUCAUGAGCUUUAUCCGUGACUGGAAAAUGAAAAGGCGUCUGAAGAAAACUCGGGAACCAGAAGUGUCAGCCAGCAGAGAUACAGUCGAAGGACCUGGUACAGAUAAUGACGUAGUUCCCAUUAGAAGUAAUUACAGUGAGACAAACCUUUGUCGCAAACAGGGAACCUUGUGGGAUGGCCUGCAGGGAAGUCUAGAGCAGUGGGGUAUUCAAGACAAUGCUCUUUCUGAGGAUAGUAGUGGGACAAAGGACCACAGAAUUGUGGCACAAAGGCAAGCAGAGAGACCUGCGAAACCCGAGAGUUCUAAAAAAGAAAAGGGAAUGAACGGAAGAGUAAAGAGAGAAGAUCUCAAGAGAAAGGGGUUGCUAAGCAGUUUGAGAGGAUGUUUUGGAGGUAGAAAAGGCAAAGUGUCAGACUGCAAUAGUGAAACAUAUGGGGCAGAGAAUACCCCGUAUAAAGAUGACACAAAGUCUAAUACAAGGACUGCAGCUAUGGAGUCAAAAACAGAAGUUCGCCGUAUUUUGUUUUCUGAUCAAAAUGAGCCUAAAAAUGUUCAAGCCUGGGUGUACAGCGCUGACAGUGAUGAAAGUGGGAGUUAUACUGGACAUAGAAUGUUGAAUAGGGACUCUCUUGUAGUUGAUGUUCAUCCGAUGCAAGGAGUUGACGAUAAAGGGAAGGAUACUAGAGCUGAAAAAGAAAUGCAAUUGAAACGAACAAUCCUUCAGUUAAGGGAGGAAAAUGCACGGCUCAAGACAUAUGCUUCAAGAUACCAGCAGCAAAAUUCAUGCGAGGUUUGGUCAAGUAACCAGAUGUCAACUGAUUUCCAUGAGUUGCAAAUAGUGAAGAGACAGUUAGGGGAUGUAAGAAAGGAUUUGAGGGAAGCGGCAAGAAUUGCUGAAGAAGCAAAUGGUGAAGCUAGGCGUGCAAAAGAAAAUGAAAGCAAAGCAACUGCGGUAAUGGAAGAAUAUCGUAGAAAAUAUGAAGCACUCGAGGAAAACCACGAGAAACUGCAAAAAGAAAUGGAUGUUAUUCUAGAGGAGGCCAAAGGAAAGGAAUUCCUCUUUGAACAGAAGGUGCGCAAAAUUGCAGGCUACAGAGAGCAAAUAAAAGAAGGAGAAAUGUUGAGAUGUGAGCUCAAAGAAAGAUAUGAAGAAGAGGCCAGAGAGCUACAAGAGGAAUUGCAAGUCUGUAAGCAAAAAUGUGCAGAAUUUGAAGUUCUGGAACUGGCAAAGGAUAUAGAGCGAGACAACGCCAUAAAGCUUGAGGAAAAAACAAAAGCUUUAGAGUCGAUGGAACAAACGCUGGAGAUUAAGAAACUUGAAACCGAAAGCAUGGGGAAAGAGAUCGAUGAGCUGCAAGCCAAUCAGAUGGUUUUAAAAGAUAAGAUGUUGGAGCUAGUUGUGAAGGAAAGUAUGCUGGAAGAUCGAGAACAAGAGCUAGAAUCAAUUAAGGCCGAAUAUAGUGAACUCAAAUUGCGCGAGCAAGCCUUGGAAGAUGAAAUUAUUGAAAUGAAGUUGAAUAAUAACAUUUCGGAUGUGUUAAUAGAGCAACUAGAGAGUGUUAAGAGAGAGAAUGCUGAUUUGAGAACAAGCAAGGCUAAAUUGGAGGAGAAAAUAUUGGAGCUUGAAAUAGUUACAAUAAAAGAGACUGCCAACGAUAAUGGCAACUUGAUUGAGUCCCUGCAAAAAGUGGAUUCGCAGUUAGAUGUUACUUGCCCGGAGGAAAGUGACUGCGAUGAAGGAAAAGAUGUUGAAAAUGAAAAGGAGGCUGUUUGUACCAGUGACGUCCUCUCAGAACGGCAGAAAACUGUGUCCAAUGGAGCAAUAGGACAGCAAAGUGGAACGAUGAAAGGGCAUGCAGAUGAAAAUGUCAUAUCGCAGUGGGAUGCAAAGGCCUUUGAAAUCGAAGAUUCCCAAUUGGACGCUACCAAAAAAGGGGACCUGGCAUUGGAGAAAAAGGAGCUCGACCUUAAUGAGUACCCGAGUGACGAUUACUCUGAAUGUGAUGAUUACGAUAGAAUACCUGAAGAAAGAGACAGUGAAGACGAAACGACAGAACCAAUUGGUUCAGUUGUAGAGCAAGGGACAAAGCAAAGUGCUGAUGAUGAUGAUGAUGGCGAACAGGCAACUUUGGCUGAUGAUAAGCAAGGGGAACCAGUGGCCAGUGAAACGCGCUCCUCCUCUACCCUUGUAUCAAUGGCAAGGGGUAUAGACGAUCCCCUCUCGGCCGAGUCUUUGCUGAAGCAUUGUUUAUCAGCGAAUCGCGUGGUAUACGACAAAGAAGCGGUUAAGAGGGAGUUGUGCAUAGAGCAGUUUCCUUCGAUAACCCUUGAGGAAGGCGAAGUUGUGGGUUACCCAAAGGGAAGGUGCAAACAGUCAAGAGCAAAGCCAGAACAUUAUGUCGAUUUCGUACUGUCGCCAGCAGAGCUCACUGUCAAGUACGACCCGGGCUUUGAACAUUACGAGCCACUACCACCCUUUACAGAAACAAAAAAACCAAAUAAGAAAAACUAAAUAUUUGAAACAGUAACAGUUUUAUUUUAAUUGAUUGAUUGUUACGACAAUACGUCGUGUGGCCAUUGUAAAUACAGAAAGUUUUAUAUUUUAUGAAUUGUGAAAACAAUGCUGUUCAUUUGUAGUUGAUCCUUCUUUGUUUAUCAGAUUUGCUGAUGUUUUCACAGGUGAUUGUAUCAAACUGAAACUGCUUCAGUUUUGCGUUGGCAAAAUGCGUAUCUCAGUUUUAAAGAUAAAGAGAUAUUGGUUUUUCUGAAAAAAGGAUAAAAAAAGAAGCCGUUAUGACUAAGAUCGUUAAUUGAAGUACACGAUGCUACUAUUCCAUCGCGAAAAACUUCAAAUAAGAAGCAAACAAGAAUAUACUCAAUAAAGUUCCCAUUUUGAAGUAAACUUGGAAGUUAAGUUUCUGAUUUUCGAUGCCAAAUGUCAAUCUGUAGAUUGUUUUCAUGCACAUGGUUUUUAUGCUAAAGUUGCCCAUUUAAUUUUGAUUUUUGGCCCAUUUUAUCCGAUGUUUCUACUCGAAUGUUUGGUUUGUGAAUUACCUUUGUUUGCUGUCAUCGGCACUUGAAUGUGGAAAAGGAAAGUGACAUUUUCUGCUAGAAGUGUUGGGAGAAAGGGGAAAGGGAGAGCCCCUGAUUGUUUUCGAAAUUGCAGAUUCUUCUGAGUAUUUCGUGACUGUACCUAAAAUGAGAGCUGAUUGUUCUCCAGAAAUGCAAAAAUUCACCUUGGUCAUCAAAAUUAAACGAUCAAAAUGCAGCAUUCAUUUUACAGUUUUGAAAUUCCAAUCUAAGUACAUAACACAACUAAACAAUAUAAUGAAACUAACAAAUGUUAAGGGAAUCCUGUUAACAAAAGUUCGGAGGGACUGUUCUUCAUCUUUAGAAUUUGAUUUUGAGCCCAAUUUUGGGUUUUUGCCACGUCAAUUCUAGAUUUGUUAAACAGUUGUUUAAGAUCGCGAAAUUGAUAAACAUCGUUUGGGAAGCUAUGAUUCGCAAGAAAGCCAUAGCAACCAUUUGAUUUUGGUGCAAAAAAAUGAAGGGCGGUCAUGUUCUUGCAAUGCUGUGAUUAAAAUCUCUCUUUUGCGUUUGUGAUGGGUUUGGUUCAUGGUCUCCGUGUGAAUUUGAUGCUGGAUUGCAAUAUAAAAGUCGCAAGUAUUUUCUUUAAAUCAUUUUCGGCUCCUGAAAGCUUUUGUUACGAUUUUGUCUUGACAUCUGUAUUCUCUCGCUGUUAUGGGCCUAAA